AGAUUGGCAACCAGGAGUUAAAAGAAUGGGCGCCGCCUUGUCCCGCUGGUCUAGUUCCCUGCCCGCUUCUCUUCAAGGGCCAGCUCGGGCCGCCCUUCACGUUCCCUCCUCCCCGCCCUCCACGUUCCCUCCUCCCCGCCCUCCAAGCGAAGGUGCGCUCCCCUCUCUGUUCACACCACUUGGUGGCUUCCUGGCCCAUCGUUCUCCUCAUCGGCGGGCGGGCUGUGUGCCCCUGUCUGGGUCCUCAAUGACACCUCUGAGGAGAGGGACCUGCUGAGAUCUUACUUGGGGGAGCAAAGCAGGUAGAGAGAGAUGCUAAAACCUCCAUUUUCCUUCUAGGUGUUUGUCGGGAUCUGAGCAGCAGAAAAAGUGCCCCAGAGGCUACCUCUCCCCCAUUUCUAUAGGAAUAGACUGCACAGGUGAUUCAGACUGAGAUCAUAUUGGAAUAAAGGGCACCUUUCUAGGUGGAGCAGACGCCUCUCCUUGUCCUGCUACAAGCCGCUUCUGCCUGACACAAUGGGAUUGCUCAGCAGCGGGACCAGCUCCUUCUGCAGACUGUCAGAGAAGCUGCGGCUAUUUUCACUAUGAAAUAUUGCUGAGGCCUGACCUCAUCCUUGCUGCGGUUCGCAGUAGAAAGACGUGGUCUCUGCCAAGGUAACUUAAGUCAAACUAAGAUAUCUAAGUCAACAGACGGAGAGCUCAGGGAGAGAACUGUGGGUCCUCAGACUCCUGAUGAGACUACAGGGGCUUCUUUAAUACCGAUAACAUCCUUUUGGCUCUCGGAGCAGCGCCAUGGCGGUCGGAAAGAACAAGCACCUUACGAAAGGCGGUAAAAAGGGAGCCAAGAAGGAAGUGGUUGACCCAUUUUCUAAGAAAGAUUGGUAUGAUGUGAAAGCACCAGCUAUGUUCAAUAUAAGAAAUAUUGGGAAAACACUAGUCACGAGAACUCAAGGAACCAAAAUCGCAUCUGAUGGCCUCAAGGGUCGUGUGUUUGAAGUGAGCCUUGCUGAUCUGCAGAAUGAUGAAGUUGCAUUUAGAAAAUUCAAGCUUAUUACUGAGGAUGUUCAGGGCAAAAACUGCCUGACUAAUUUCCAUGGCGUGGAUCUUACCCGUGACAAAAUGUGCUUCAUGGUCAAAAAAUGGCAGACCAUGAUUGAAGCUCACGUUGAUGUCAAGACUACCGAUGGUUAUUUGCUUCAUCUCUUCUGUGUGGGUUUUACUAAAAAACGCAACACUCAGAUUCGGAAGACCUCUUAUGCCCAGCACCAGCAGGUCCGCCAGAUCCGCAAGAAGAUGAUGGAAAUCAUGACCCGAGAGGUGCAGACAAAUGACUUGAAAGAGGUGGUCAAUAAACUGAUUCCAGACAGCAUUGGAAAAGACAUAGAAAAGGCCUGCCAAUCUAUUUAUCCACUCCAUGAUGUCUUUGUUAGAAAAGCAAAAAUGCUGAAGAAGCCCAGGUUUGAACUGGGAAAGCUCAUGGAGCUACAUGGUGAAGGUAGUAGUUCUGGAAAAGCUACUGGGGACGAGACAGGUGCUAAAGUUGAACGAGUUGAUGGACAUGAGCCACCAGUCCAGGAAUCUGUUUAAAAAUCAGACUUUUAAUGGUGACAAAUAAAGACCUCAUUUGUGAUAGAAAAAAAACUACUGAUAACAUGACAGAUAUUAGAUCAUGAUCAUAUACUCAGGCACAAAAGCUGAGUAAGGAAAAAUAAGAUAAAGAUAAAAUUUAAAAAACAUUAAAAAAGCCCAGUAAUUUCCCAGAUUACAAAGAGUUUAUUUGCUUAAAGCUCAUUUAUAUGUUAGUUGGGAACUAGGAUUACAUUUUCUCAAAUGUGAGAACUAAAUUUACUCAAAAAAAACUCAGAAAAAUUUAUAGAAGUCAGAUGCCUAGGCUAGUCUUACAAAAGUUUGUUAAUCCAUAGGUUUCUUGAACUAUAGUGUAUAAAAUAAAAAUGCAUGGACUUCCCUGGCGGUCCAGUGGUUAAGACUCCAUGCUUCCACUGCAGUGGGCGCGGCUCUGAUCUCUGGUUGGGGAGCUAAGAUCCUGCAUGCCGUGCGGUGGGGCAAAAAAUUAAAAGAAAAUAAAAGUAAAAGGAUUUCAUACUGGCUUUCAUGGCAAAUAUACCAUGCAAACAGCGGUAUUAAACUGAAUUUUGCGGGCUACUGUGGAAUGUAACCGCGGUUGAUGGCACUGUUUGUAUAGGAAAUGCAGGCCUCAGUGUGUUGCAUUGAAAGGAGUGUGUUGGCAGCUCAUCUUUUUCUUGGCUGAGUUACUGGAGUCCUUGGACAAGUUGAAAGGAACAAGUCUGCAGUGGGUCCUGCCUCAAUAAAGGCCCACUCUUACAGCCCAAGUCAGACAUAGCUUGAUGGUAGGGACAUUUUCAUUUGCAUUCAUCAAGUGCAAGUCUCAGAUCUCAAAUCUUUUCCCUUUUUAUUCCCAUUCACCAAAUGUACUGAAUUUAAUACAAGCAGUGGAACCUGACAGACUUACUCUCAGGGUAGAGGAUUUGAGAAUGUCUCGUUCUCCCUGGCAUUGGGACGCUGGUCAGUGAGGAUAUAGCCUUUUGGCUGCAGGCGGGGCUGACCGGUACUGCUCCUUUCUCAAGCCUAGCUACUGGCUCCUUUCCCACAGGCACAAAGGAUGCAUUCACUCCUGAAUGACCUCUCCUGUUGACUGAAUGAAAUGGGAAGGAGGGGGAGCCUGGGAGCACUUGGCAGCCUGGAUCUUUCCUUUUUCACCAGCCCCCGGGCCAAAGGUGAAUUUUGCAAUAAAUUCCUUCUUGUACAUCAGCCAAUAGAGGCCAGCUCUCACAUACUCAAUGAGAAUUUUCUUAAUAAAAGUUGGGUAUUAAAUAAGAUAGUGACAGUAAUUCACUUUUAAAUAAGUAUUAAUAAGUAAACAGCCACCAAAAUUUAAAUAUUAGAAGAUGACAAAAUACCUAACUCUAUAAAAGAUUUCAGAACAAACUCUUUUCUUUUUUUACCAAGUGACUUUUAAUAAAUACAUGUUCAGCAAUGAUGUCGCCUCCCUCACUCUACAUGAAAUAAUAGCUUUUCCAACAAACCAAACUGCAAUGUUCUUAUAACUUUGAGUGUAGGAGACUGAAACAUGACCAAGUCCUUGGAGAUCAUCUGCUUUAAUCCCUCAUUGUACAGAGGUAAGACCCAGAAGGAAGAUGGUAUUUGUCCAAGGUCAGGGAGUAGCUGGCUUUGAACUGGAGCCGGAGUGUCUUACCUUAUUUUUUUCACAUUAUCUGCUCUGCAAAAAUAUGAGUAGAUUUGUGGUCAAAGAUUUGUAUGUUUCUCAAAUAAAAGUUUCCAAUUACAAAAAUAGUACAUGCUCAGUGUAGAAAACCAGGCAAAAAUAAAGAAAAAAGCAAAACCCACCCACAGUCCCAUCUCACAGAGAUACCACUGUUUAAAUUUGGCAUGUUUUACUAUGUAUUUGCAUAUGCACACAUGGAUGUGUACCGCUAGCUCACUUUUGCACUUAACACUCACUAUAUUUUGAGUAUUUCACUAUGUCAAUAAAGAGAUUUU